UGCGUGUGUGUGUGUGUGUUGUGUUUCUACUGCUCCAUUAAAGCGCAGUGGAGUCGCUCAGUGCGGCUGCUGUGUUUAACAAGAGGAGAGACUUUAGUCACAGUGGCUUCCACGUACACGGGUUUUGGAUUGCUUGAAUCAGAGUGCGAGCUCGUUUAGCUCCCCGGUCAUCUUGGCACCAUGAGUUGGAGCUUCCUCACUCGUCUGCUGGAUGAGAUCUCCAACCACUCCACCUUUGUGGGGAAGAUCUGGCUGACGGUGCUCAUCAUCUUCCGCAUCGUGCUGACAGCCGUCGGCGGGGAAACCAUCUACUACGAUGAACAGAGUAAAUUUGUCUGCAACACGCAGCAGCCCGGGUGUGAGAACGUGUGCUACGACGCGUUUGCUCCGCUCUCACAUGUCCGAUUCUGGAUCUUUCAGGUGAUCAUGAUCACCACCCCCACCAUUAUGUACCUGGGCUUCGCCAUGCACAAGAUCGCCCGCUCGGACGACAGCGAGUACCGUCCCGUCCGGAACCAGAAGAAGAGGAUGCCCAUCGUCAGCCGCGGGGCAGUUCGAGACUACGAGGAGGCCGAAGACAACGGGGAGGAAGACCCCAUGAUCGCUGAAGAGAUUGAACCAGACAAACCCGACAAGGCAGAAAAAAGCUCAGAGAAAAAGCAUGACGGCCGUCGGCGGAUCAUGCGUGACGGCCUGAUGAAAGUCUACGUGUGCCAGCUGAUGUGGCGCACUUCCUUCGAGGUCGCCUUCCUCUUCGGCCAGUACGUCCUCUACGGCUUUGAGGUGAUUCCCUCCUACGUCUGCACUCGCUCGCCGUGCCCGCACACCGUGGACUGCUUUGUGUCGCGCCCCACGGAGAAGACCAUCUUCCUGCUGGUGAUGUACGUCGUGUCUUUCCUCUGCCUGCUCCUCACCCUCCUUGAAAUCAUCCACUUGGGGGUCGGCGGCAUCCGCGACACCUUCCGCAGGCGGGCCACUCCUCAGCUGUCGUCCCCCCCGUCCUCCUCACGUUCCAUGCCCACCGCUCCACCGGGAUACCACGCCACCAUGAAGAAGGAGAAACUGAAGGGAGAUCUGAAGGACUCCCCGAUUGGCGACUCCGGGAGGGAGAGUUUCGGGGACGAGGGGCCGUCGUCCAAGGAGCUGGAGCGGCUGAGGAGGCACCUGAAGCUGGCCCAGCAGCACCUGGACCUGGCCUACCAGGCAGAUGAAGGAAGCCCUUCACGAAGCAGCAGCCCCGAGGUCAACACGGCUGCACAGACGGCCGUCGAGCAGAACCGCCUCAACUUUGCCCAGGAAAAGCAGGGGGAGGCAAGCGAGAAAGGAAUACAUGCCUGAGCGUGCUUACUGCCUCAAACGUCUGUUCUUCCAUUCCUACUGGCCUUACACAUUGGGGGUGCACAUUUGGGAGUGCAGUCAGACCACUGAGGGAGACCAAAGCAUGUGUGCGUGUGCGUGUGUGUGUGUUUGUGUGUGUGUGGAUGAGAGAAAUGUGCCUUUCAGUAUUAGAGGUGAGUCAGAAAAGAAAGAGAAAUGCUGACAGAGCUGUAUUGUGACAAAUGGUUCAUCUCCAGGACUCUAAACUUGAAAGCCUGCCAUAUCUCGAGUUUCUGCUUGCUGACCAACGUCCAAACCUUGACUGUGCCUUCAGCUAAAAACAUUGUCUACACCCUGUUCUUCCGCCCCCUCUGUGUUUUUGUGGCCCUUCAACAAUCUUUGUCCAUUUUAGACCUUGUAAGGAAUAUCGAAAGCUUAAAGCUCCUCUGGCCAAGUGUACUUUUGUUGUCCUCUUCAAAAGCGAGGCUCUCUGUUUAUAAAACGUUGGCGUAUGUUAACGCCUCACUUCGUCGAGGCUUGUCGGCCUCAGAGAGAAUCUCAAACAACGCAGCCUUUGGUAAUGUCUUUUCUGGAGCGUGUGCAGCGGCGUUUUCUUUGAAACGAGGGCGGCUUAACCUGCACUAGAUGAGUCAUGUUUAAUUUAAACAGAGUUGAUGUUGGGGAUUAUUGGUGUUUUAUUAUCCACAAGCCACACCAUUUCAGAAAUAUUUGACAGAAUUUUGAAGCCUGUAUAUUUGCUCUAAACGGCCAAAAUGUUUACCUGGGAAAUGCUUGAAUUCUUUAUCGACAGGAAAUGUUCCAAGGUAUUUCCAAGAAUCAUUUUUUUGGACAAUCAAUUCAUUUAAAGCACUCCAUCUAUUUUACCAGUACCUGUUUUAUAAUUUCUUGUCCAAAGCUCCAGAAUAUUUACCUUUUUUUCUUUUUUUUUUGUUUGUUUAGAAGCAAGUGGUGGCUCCACUUAUGCGACCGAUUUCACACAACUUUUGAAAAGUAGGCUCUUGGAUGGCAGUAUAUAUCUUCCCUAAAUGAUGUGCUAUAAAAAUGAUUCAUCUCAAUGUUUAUCUUUGCAGAAAUUGAAAGAAUGAUUUCACAUUUUGGGGUUUUUUUCGCGAACCGGCUGGAAACAUCUGUCUUCUGCACUACAGUCAACAGUGAAAUUCCAUCCUUGUCUUUUGAAAUUUACAUUCUUCUUCGGUGAGACAUAUUUUCCGUCCUUGACAUGCACCGCUAGCCCUCCGUUGUGCUGAAACAUGGACGCUUUCAUGUAUCCUGGAAAAAAACACAACCCAGCUGAGGAAAGGAUGACAGUUGGCUGCUGACGCACAGCUUGGUGCCAUGUAAACACAUAUAAUCUUCAAUUCAUCAUGAGGCUUUUGAUCAAUAGCUUUCAGUGUUCAUACAGAGUUCACACUUUCUCAUAGCCUGUCAGUACAUCUUAUGAUCUUUGGCUGAAAUUAUUGGAACUACAUUGCCAAAGAGUGGUUUCAUGCUGUAUUUUUGUAAUCAUCUCACUUCCAGUUUUGCUACUUGUGGCAAGGUACGACAUUCCAUUUUGAAUAUGAUAUUUCGU